AUUAUAUUCAAAUUCCCACCAUGGCCACCUCAACUACCACCGCGGCAUCGUGGAGCAGCAAGAACCAAACGCACCUCUUGUUCGACCAUAUUUGGCGUGUCGACUCGGCCAACAAGAAGUUUGGCGAGUGCAAAGACGGCAGUACCGUGGUGAUCUUGCAGCCUGGGCGUAGCCCCGUGAUGCCCUAUAUCCGCAUCCCUGAUGGCAUGUACGCGAUCGUACAACACCACGGCAAGGACGUCGACUACGUCGAUCCCGUAAAUGGUUCGACGAGCCCGAUUUGGCCAGCGGGGUUCCACCGCGCGUCCGUCUUCACAAAAGUGGCGUACCUCGUGACCAAGCAGUAUGUGGUAUUUGACACCCCGGUCAAAGGGUGCAAAACCGCAGACGACGUGACGGUGCAGAUCGACAUGUGCCUUGUGUUCCGCAUCACAGGAGACACCUCCAAGGGCGAAGACCCCAACUUGGUCAAGCGAUUAGUGUACGAAUUGGGGCCCCAGGGCCUGGAAACCCAGCUCCGCGAUGCCCAAGAGGAAGCGGUGCGGGCGCUUGCUCGCAGUGUCCAGCACACGGAGGUGUACUCGCUGCGCGAUGGCACGGUGAAGGAACGGUUCAAGAACGAACUGCAAUUGCGCCCCCCUGCCCCAGUCCCCCCUGUGAACCACGACGACGACGAAGAGAAAGAUGACGCCCCGAUGCUGGACCCUCGCUUUGUGUUGAAGAGUGCCGAGAUGACCGGGGAUGACGGUGUUAACAACAUGUGGCAAGUCCCCCCCGCGGCCAAAGUGAUCUACUGCGUGACCGAAGACAUGAAGAAUAACUUGAACAAACAGUUCAACCCGUACGGUGUCGAAAUCACCAGCGUGGCCAUCACCAACGUGAAACUGCCAGCCAACUUUGAAUCGCAAAUGGAAGAAAAGACCACGUACACGAGCGCAAUCAAAGAGCAAAACAUGAAGCAGCAAAGCGACAUGCAGUUGCUGCAGUACCGCGAAGAGAUUGAUACGACCAAGCUGUCCAAGGCGAUGAUCCGCAUCGAGGAAACCGAAACUGGCAAACAGCACUGUGCCGAAAUCCAAAAGCAAAUCGACAUGAUCUGCGCCGACACGAAGCAAAUUCAAACGAAAAUCAACCAAGACCGACAAGUACGCUGCGGCAAAAUUGUCACCGACGCCCAGCUCGAGAUGGCCAAGCUGCAAGCCGAAACCGAGAUGAUCCAGGCAGAGAUUUACGCGUCGUGCGAGGCCACCAUCACGAAAAUCAAUGCAGAGCUGGACGCCCUGCGACUCAAGAUGGACGCUGACGUAGCUCAAAUCCAAGCCGUGGGGGAAGCUCGUGCCAAGGAAAUCGUGUCGGAGGCACAAGGCAUUGCGUCACUCAAGCUGGAGAAGCAGUGCACGUUUGUCCUCCAAAUGCAGCGGCUCGAUGUGAUGGCGUCGUUGGCUGAUAACGACCAAGUUGUGAUUGCUGGCAACGGGUCCAACAACCUAAUGGCCGAUAUAUUUGUCGCCCAGCAAAAGAGCAACCUACUUCUGAAUAUCAACGGCUUGCAACCGAGUGUAGCCUAGGGUUAUGAGCUAUAACCAGUACAUGUAUUGAAUACUCAACAAUAUUAUUAGUAGUGUACACUAAUAUAUUUC